UGUCCGGACUAACAUGCCUAGAGAUUUGCAUUGGUGUUUUUUUAUUCAGUUAUGGAUUGCGUGGGGGGCGUUUGGAAUUUUUCUAGAUGACACGCCCCCUUGCGGCUUACCACAUAUCAGUCCGGUUAGCCGCCGAAUAAUAGGAGGGAAGGAGGCCCGCGUCGACUCUUGGCCAUGGAUGGCUCUGAUGGCCAAAGACAAACAGACAGCAUGUGGAGGCAGCGUCCUUAACAAGCGCCUGAUUCUGACGGCCGUUCACUGCUUCGCUAACUCAAUCCCCACCGAGUCUCCUUCCGCCUGGACGGUGUAUCUAGGUAAACAUCACGUGACAACACGUGAUUCGUCGGAACGUUCGUUUAACAUACAGACGUACGUGCCCCAUCCCGACUUUAACAAUGACACGCUUGAGAAUGAUAUUGCCAUAAUCAUGCUGGACAGGGACAUCGAGUUUUCGGACGCCAUAUUGCCUAUCUGUAUCCCGCCCUCAGCAAACCACGUGGUUCCAACGGGCACAUAUUGUUACGUCACAGGAUGGGGAGAAUCUAGGGGUACAGGCGAUCGCAACGUGCUGAACCAAGCGAGCGUUCCCAUUCUGCACAACUACUGGUGCUCACGUCAGGACUGGUAUGGGAACAAGUUCUUCUGGAAGGUGACAUUCUGUGCCGGAUUCAAGAGCGGGACAAGAGAUGCUUGCACGGGCGAUAGUGGUGGACCUCUUGCCUGUAAAGCUAAGAACGGGAGGUGGUAUGUUCAAGGAGUGACAAGUUGGGGUUUUGACUGUGGACAGGAAAACUGGCCCGGAAUCUACACGGACGUGUCUGUCUACGCUGCCUGGAUCCGCCACACUGCUUUAUCUCUCGGGAUACCCAUAUUAAACGAUGAUUCAUUAUAA